GAAAGCCAAGAAACUAUGGAGCACUUCAGGAGUUUAGGUCGUUCUGCCUUUGUUAUUGGUUACACAGGAGCUGUAGGCAAAGCUCUGGUUCAGGAACUGAAUAAAGCAAAAGUCUUCAAAAAGGUGGUCCUUAUCGGCCGCAGAAAUGUAUCACUUGAUGUUGGACCAGAAUUUGAGCAAAAGGUUAUGGAUUUUGAAAAGCUAGAUGAACACAAAGAUGUCUUUAAAGAUCUGGAUACUGGAUUUUGUUGUCUAGGCACUUACAGAGCCAGAGAUGGUCUAGGGGAGGCAGAAGACGGCCUGUCGAAGAUGAAUUUAGAAAGAGUGUCAAUUUUUAAACCAGCGUUCCUUGUCUGCAAACGCAAUGAAAGAAGAAUAGCUGAAGCCAUUGUGAAAGUAGUCCUGACACCAAUGAUUUACUUCUUUCCAACUGUGAUGUCAGUUCCUGUUGAGACUGUUGCAAGAGCUAUGGUCAACAAUGCAGUGAAUCUGUCCAAUCCUUCGCCUGUGGAGAUAUAUGAGAACAAGCAGAUACAUAAACUGGCCCAUCA